CACAGAUUGAAGAUAUCCCCAAAUCAAGAGAAUUGAACUUUCGCUUUCCUUUUUGGCUCUCACUCAGUCUCAACUCAACACAAAAAAGAUUUAAAAGAAUUUAUCUUUAUUACUUUCUUUGCAUUCAAAACAUUCCCUCUUCCAAUCAAUCAUUACAGUCAACCUGAAUGAUCUCCCUUUUUUUUGUGCAAACACAUUUGAAUUCUCUGAUUUCUUGAUCUUCUGCCUUCAUUUCUGCUCUCAUCCAGCUCCCCGCCUUCCACAAUGGCAGAUCUUGACUCGCCUUGCAACGCAGAUGAAGGUCCGUCUUUGUUGGGAUUUUCUCCAACUUCUCCUGAUUUAGUCAUCUGUGGAAGUUCACCUGUAAUUCCUACUAGCAGCUAUGGUGAUUCCCCGGAAUUUUCCGACUGUAAAAAGCGAUCUAUGGAGCUCUCUCUAGAGAAUGGGAUUGAGGGGUCUGUGGCCAGUGACACCCACAAGAUCCCAACUGUGAGGUUUUCUACAAUGUGCCAAGUCUUCCACAGAGAAAUGUCUCCAGAAUCCUCUUUAGAGCUUGUUCCACAACCAGUCGAUUCAAGUCUUGGAGAAGCUGAACUGAUGAAAUUAGGGGGAAUGCAUCAAAUGGCAGAUUACGAAUCUCCAAAAGAUGAGGGCGAUUAUGAGAACCUGAAAAGAAAAUAUGAGAGCCAGAAAAAGGAACUUACGGAUAUGAGAGCGGCAUUGGAGGAGCUUAAGAGAGAGAACCAACUGCAGUCUAGAGAAUGCAAAGAAGCUUGCAACUCUCUAAAGGAACUGCAGGAUGAGCUCAUGCGCAAGUCGAUGCAUGUUGGCUCCUUGGCUUUUGCUAUUGAGGGACAAGUGAAAGAAAAGAGUAAAUGGUUCUCUUUAUUGAGAGAUUUGACCAGAAAGUUGAAGAUAAUGAAAAUGGAACAUAUGACACUGUUGGAAGAGGCAUCAGCGUACAAGAAGUGCCUUGCGGAUGUGGAUGAACUGAGUUCUACCAUUCAGCUCAAAAUGAAACAGCAAACGGACAUGCAUGAAGAUCUCAAGGUCAAAUUUGUUGAAGGGGCAAAGGAACGUAAAGAACUCUACAAUAGGGUUUUAGAGUUAAAAGGAAACAUAAGGGUCUUCUGCCGGUGUAGGCCUCUAAAUGUUGAAGAAAUUGCUGCUGGAGCUUCCACGGCUAUUGAUUUUGAAUCUGCCAAAGAUGGUGAGCUCACUAUAAUAUCAAAUGGCGCUCCAAAAAGGAUGUUUAAGUUUGAUGCUGUUUUUGGGCCCCAAGCAGACCAAGCUGAUGUAUUUCAAGACACUGCACCAUUUGCCACCUCAGUUUUAGAUGGAUACAAUGUCUGCAUAUUCGCUUAUGGACAGACUGGGACUGGGAAAACAUUCACUAUGGAGGGGACAGAGAAAGCUCGUGGAGUAAAUUUUAGGACUCUUGAAGAGUUGUUUCACAUAAUGGAGGAGCGGCAGAACCACUAUCGAUAUGGCAUAUCAGUAAGCGUCUUAGAAGUAUAUAAUGAGCAAAUAAGAGAUUUGCUAGUCCCAUGCUCUCAACCUAGCAUGGCCACUAAAAGGUUGGAAAUAAGGCAAGUAAGUGAAGGAAUGCAUCAUGUCCCUGGGUUGGUUGAAGCACGUGUGAACAAUAUGAACGAGGUGUGGGACGUUCUACAAACUGGAAGUAAAGCCAGGGCAGUAGGCUCAACCGUUUCCAAUGAGCGCAGCAGUCGAUCUCACUGCAUACACUGUGUAAUGGUGAAGGGGGAGAAUUUGUUGAAUGGGGAAUGUACAAAGAGCAAACUAUGGUUGGUGGACCUAGCAGGAAGUGAGCGAGUUGCUAAAACAGAAGUGCAUGGAGAGCGACUCAAAGAAACUCAAAAUAUCAACAGAUCUUUAUCUGCCCUUGGUGAUGUAAUAUCUGCUCUUGCAACUAGAAGCCCUCACAUCCCCUUCAGGAAUUCAAAGCUCACUCACCUGCUUCAAGAUUCUCUAGGAGGAGAUUCGAAGGCACUCAUGUUCGUGCAAAUCAGCCCCAAUGAAAAUGACCUGAGUGAGACCCUAUGUUCUCUAAACUUUGCAAGUAGAGUAAAAGGGGUAGAGCUAGGUCCAGCAAGGAAGCAGUUGGAUGCUUCAGAACUUCUAAAAUACAAACAGCUGGUUGAGAAAGCAAAGCAAGAAACAAAGAGCAAAGACUUGCAAAUCAAGAGAAUGGAGGAAACAAUCCAGGGACGUGACAUAAAAUUAAAAGAAAGAGACCUGAAAAAUAUGAAUCUGCAAGACAAGAUUAAGGAACUGGAAUCACAACUACUGAUUGAGAGGAAGCUAGCACGUCAGCAUGUGGACGCAAAGAUAGCUGAGCAGCAGAACAAUAAGCAAGACGACCAAAGUGGAAUGGUAAGGCCACCACUUGCAAAUAGACUGCUAGGAAGUAACAAGAAUUCAAGUGAACACAUGAAUUUUAGCCGAGCACUUACAGAGAACAACAGCUGCAAACCCCCAAUGCCACUUCCUCAAACAGAUGGAUUUCCAAAGUUCAUUGACCUUGCUGAGAAAGAAAAUAACCCUGAGAUGGCUGAAACGCUAAAGCUUCCAAAGAAGACUGGAAGAGCUUCAAUGUGCAUGGCAGCACGGCGAAUUCCAGCAGCCCCAUCAGCAAGGCGCACCUCUUUGGUACCGCUUCCCAGCGCACCAUUAUGCCUAUCUGAUAAGAAAGAAGAUAGCUGCUUGCCUGAGCAAACACAAUGGGAAAGUCCUAAAAGUAGUCUAAGAAGUAACAAGAAGCUAAGUAGCAUACUGAGGCGUAGCCUGCAAAGGAAAGUUCAGAUUAAAUCUCCAAUGCAGCAGCACCUGAGAAAAGGUGGCAUAAAUGUGGUCAGGGUCUCAAUUGGAAGUCGAGGAAGGAUGGCGCACAGAAUGUUGCUUGGCAAUGGUAGUAGACGAGCGGGGACAAAAGAAAUUCAGCAGAAACAGAUUGAAAAGGAAAAGGAAAGAGGAUGGAAUGUUAGAACUGGUGGGAGACCUGCAACCUUAUAGGUGAUUCAUUUGUUUGUAAUUAAAACUGAAAAUAGGAGUGAUGUGAACAUAUGGUUUGUUGGAUCUUCUUUGGUGAUGAUUUUUAUUAUUUUCAAGUGCAUUAAUGUACAGAUUCAUUAUGUUUAAAGAAACUGGUUUCUUUGCAAGAUUAUGGAAAGAAUAGGGGCAUUUUGAUGUUA